AUGUGUCCCGUAGUGGUACAAAUAAGAGCCAGUAUACCUCCCUUAUUCUUCUUACUUCUUACGAAUAAAACGGUCACGGUCGGUCGAAUUUGCGACAGAGCGUACGAGAAUCGCGUGAUGAUGGGCCGCGAACUCCUGCUGAUGAUGCUGAUGCUGCUGACGGUGGCCGUAGGUGCCGAAGAACUUCAGGAGAGUCAGCAGCACCAGGACGACUCCAUGGAGGAAAUGGAGAUUUACAAGAUGGCCAUGGAUUUUAUGGACGAGUGCGGUUCCAAGGAGUGGUCGUUGUGUCUUAAGGAAAGGGCCCUAAGAUACAUGGAAACCCUGCCAAACGAACUGGACAUCGGAGGCGCAGUAAAAAUCAUCCCAAACGGUCGCAUUUCCAGAAAAAAUCCAGAAGAUCAACUCCCCGAAGAGCCACGUGCCAGAGAAGACGCAGUAGACUCAAUCCUCUGGAACCGAAUCUCAGAUUACCUGAGCUCCCACACUAUUGAACUCCGAGUACCACCGGACACUUUACAAGAGAUCAACGAAUCUGUCGAAGAAGGUCGAGGCAAAGGUGGUGGAGGCGGGGGCGGCAAAAAGGGCGGCGGAGGCGGCGGAGAUCGCAUGAAAGGUCUCAUGAUGCUCAUCCAACUAAAGGCGGCCGUCUUGGGUGCUAUAGCUCUCAAGUUCGUCGCUCUGGUGGCCUUUAAGGCUCUACUGAUUGCGAAGAUCGCUCUGGUCUUGGCUUCCGUGAUUGCAUUGAAGAAACUGCUCGAGCAGAAGCAUCACACCUCCACUUAUGAGGUCGUAGCACACCCUCCGCACCAUGAGGGUUGGGAUGGACAUUACGAUCGGUCGUUUACACAGGAACAGUUGGCUUAUAGGGGGUACGAGGGGGCGGCGAGGAGCAAGACCGUAUAGUGGGGUGUGCAGUUAUUUAUUUUUAGUUGUUAAAGUAGAUAUUAGUUUAAUUAGGAAAGUUUAGGUCAGGUGAAUGUCAGAGCUGAUCUGAGCUCUAGAAUGUUCAGUUUAAUUUGUUUUUAAGAAAUAUUCUUGAGUAGCAUAUGAAGUACUCACUUAUAUAGAAAUAUGUGUUUUUUUUUUAUAUAAAUUAAUUAUUGCAUGUGAAUGUCUAUUUUGAAUAUCCAGAAGAAGAUCUCUUUUUUUGCCAAUUUCUUAAUUCCAUUUUUUUUUUUUUUGUUAAAUCCCUUUAUUCCUCACUGGAGAGAGUAAACAAUCUAUUACUGCUAGAUUACUUAUACGGGUAGUUAAACUUACUGUAAUUUUAGUCAAAGCACAUAAUUUAUUUACUUAUUUUAUUAUAUAAUAUGGUGCUGGAUAGGAAGAUAAGCUUAUUAGAUUUAGGUUAAAGAACACGUAUUAUCUAACUUGGUGCUAGAUAGAUAAUAGUUUAUUUAUAUAUAUAUUUAGUUUUAAUGGUUUAUGGGUAUUUUUUAAUAUUAAAAAAAAUCGUAAAUAAAUAGUUUAUUUAAGAGAAUAUGCCAAAAGCGAAAAUAGGUAGGUAGCUAAUUUCUUUCAAAUUUAUAUAAUUUUUUUUAAAUUAAAACAAAUUGCAAAAAUUAUUAUUUUUUUUGCAUAAAUUCCCAUAGAUAUUUACAUGCAAUUAUUUAAUUUAUUCUUAUUUAUUCUGUGAAUAUCUUAAUUAAUAUAUGAUUUGUUGUUGAUUAAAAA